UUAAUAACUAAAUUUUAUAAUUUUUCAGAAUGAAAUGUUCGACUCGGGAAACGAUCCAGGAUCAACAGUAGUCCGAACGAAACGUCUUGAAUCAAAACGUAUUGGAUCGUUGUCGAUUGUGAAUUCUAUGGAUGUGUUACGGCAAAGAGUUCUUCUUGAACUUGCUAGACGUAAAGCGUUACAGGAUCAAGCGCAAAUCGACGCCAAUCGUCGUCUUUUGGAGACGAUUGGAAAAAGAUCGUUACCCCUUUACGGCGGAAACAUGUCUAAAACUGGCGACUCAAGGCUGAAGAGCGAAUUUGAAUAUGUACUCGAGCAACAAGGAAAAAAUCAUGAUCGAAAUGUAGCACCGGAAAGAAUUUCCGAAAGACUGCAGGAUUGGCUUCAUAACGAUGAUUCGGCAUUUCGAGAAAGACAAGAUGAUCAAACGCGAAGGGCACAAACAAAUGAGCUACGUUUACUGUAAUCGACACUCAAGGAGAGCACUCACAAUCAAUUUUCGCUAUAUUACGAUUUUUUAUCUAAAGCUAAUGAAUUGCAUAUAGUUUAUCUAUUAUUCGUCAUAUUCCUCAGGUUAUAUAUAUAUUAUAUAUAUAUAUAUGUAUACAAAUAUGUAUCUAUACAUUUUGUGGCCUGCAAAAUUCAUAAUUUAAUACAUAUUUCAUUCAUGAAUUAUAUGCAAAUUAUUCAUGUGUCAAGCGUAAAAUAAAUAUUAGUAUUCGCGCAUGAUAUAUUCGUAGAAAGCAAAAAAUUUAAGAAAUAGAAUGUAACAGUAUUUAUUUUUUCAUUUUCGUUUUAAGUUUUAAUAAUCGUUUUAAUCGUAACUAGUUUAAUUUUGUAGCAUCCAGAAAGGGAAGAAAGUAGAAAUAAUAAUGAAAAAUAUAAAAUAAUUUUUCUUAUUGAUAUUUGAAAUUUAAUGUUAUGAUUUGAAUUUAAACGUUUUAUCUUUUUCUAUUUCUUCCUUUUCAAUAGCACAAAAAUAUAUAUAUAUGAAACAAAACAGUAUUAUGCGUUGUGAUCCCUCGAAGUCUGUCCAAUUCAACAAUCUACAUAGAAGACAUUUUAUAUCCAAUAUUGGAUGUAAUUUAACGUAAAUGUUUUUUCACAUUAGAGUUAAGUUUUAUGAACACAAUGAUAGAAAUGUUAUAAACUAUUUUAUUAUAAAUAAUAAUUUAAAACAUAAAUAUAUUGUAACUUUUAAUUGAAAUUAACUAUGGAAAAAGAUUAUAAAAUUGUAUUUAUCUAUUGUACAGUAAAGUUUCUUGAAUCAUGCAA